GCGCGGGCCAUCCGGCUGGAAGAAGACUCUGAGCUUGCGGAUCAGGCCCCGCCCGAGAUGCGGACUCCGAGGCCAUAUGCCCAGACUUCCCCCAGGCUGCCCACAUAGAAGAAGCAGAGACGGAACUGGAAGGCUGUGUGUUUUUCCACUCCGUGUCCGUGCCAAGUGGAGUAGCUAGAACAGGAGGGAAGAAACUCUUCCUGUCAACAGGCACUGGAGUGGCCAGCUCUUUGCAGCUGAAGAGGGCAGAGGGCGCUGGUCCAGCCCCAAGGGUCCCAAUGGCAGGCAGAUGGUUGGAUCUGCGCUGGGCGCCUGGCCUCCUCUGUGUGCUUCUGAUAAUGGAGACAGUGUCUGCGGCCAGAGACUCGUCCACAAAAACCCUCGAGCACAUUCAGUUUGCAGCCCAAGGUGUCAACCAGACUGCCAUGGCAGACUGCCGUGCCGUCUGUGGCCUGAAUGUUUCUGACCGCUGCGACUUUAUCAGGGUGAACCCCGACUGCCACAAUGAGGGGGGCUACCUGGACUACCUCGAGGGCAUCUUCUGCCACUUACCCCCCAACCUCCUCCCUCUGGCCAUCACCCUCUAUGUUUUCUGGCUACUUUACCUCUUUCUGAUCCUGGGAGUCACCGCAGCUAAGUUCUUCUGCCCUAAUUUGUCAGCCAUCUCAACCAAUCUCAAGCUCUCCCACAACGUGGCAGGUGUCACCUUCUUGGCCUUUGGGAACGGUGCUCCAGAUAUCUUCAGCGCCCUUGUGGCCUUCUCAGACCCACGCACUGCUGGUCUGGCCAUUGGGGCUCUGUUCGGUGCAGGAGUGCUGGUCACCACUGUGGUGGCUGGAGGCAUCACCAUUCUGCACCCCUUCAUGGCUGCGUCCAGGCCUUUCCUCAGGGACAUCGCUUUCUAUAUGGUGGCUGUGUUUCUGACCUUCACUGCACUUUAUCUCGGCAGGAUCACGCUGGCCUGGGCACUGGGUUACCUGGGCCUCUAUGUGUUCUAUGUAGUCACGGUCAUCUUCUGCACUUGGGUCUACCAACGGCAGCGGAGCAGGUCUCUGGUCCAUUCUGUGUCUGAGACACCAGAGAUACUGUCUGAUUCAGAAGAGGAUCAGGUGUCUUCCAACACCAACAGCUAUGACUAUGGCGAUGAAUACCGGCCUCUGUUGCUGGGUCAGGAGACCACUGUCCAGAUCCUGAUCCAAGCCCUGAAUCCCUUGGACUACAGGAAGUGGAGGACCCAGUCAAUGUCCUGUAGGCUCCUGAAGGUGGCUAAGUUGCCUGUGGAGUUCUUGCUGCUGCUCACAGUACCCGUUGUGGAUCCCGACAAGGAUGAUCGGAAUUGGAAGCGGCCACUCAACUGUCUGCAGCUGGUCAUCAGUCCCCUGGUCCUGGUCCUGACCCUGCAGUCAGGCGUCUAUGGCAUUUAUGAGAUUGGCGGCCUCCUUCCUGUCUGGGCUGUGGUGGUGAUCGUGGGCACAGCUCUGGCCUCAGUGACCUUCUUUGUCACAUCUAACAGAGAGCCCCCUAGACUGCACUGGCUCUUUGCUUUCCUGGGCUUCCUGACCAGUGCCUUAUGGAUCAACGCAGCUGCCACUGAGGUGGUGAACAUCUUGCGGUCCCUGGGCGUGGUCUUCCGCCUGAGCAACACUGUACUAGGUCUCACCCUCCUGGCCUGGGGGAACAGCAUUGGAGAUGCAUUCUCGGAUUUCACACUGGCCCGCCAGGGCUACCCUCGGAUGGCGUUCUCAGCCUGUUUUGGUGGCAUCAUUUUCAACAUCCUGGUGGGUGUAGGACUGGGCUGCUUGCUGCACAUCGUCCGGAACCACGCUGCAGAGGUGAAGCUGGAACCAGACGGACUGCUGGUGUGGGUGCUGGCUAGCGCCCUGGGGCUCAGCCUAGUCUUCUCCCUGGUCUCUGUCCCGCUUCAUUGUUUCCAGCUCAGCAAGGCGUAUGGCUUCUGCCUGCUCCUCUUCUACGCCAGCUUCCUUGUUGUGGUCCUGCUCACGGAAUUUAGGGUGAUUCACUUGAAGAGGUCUGACUGAAGCUGCUCGGCCUGAUGGUUUAGGGGUGAUUCUCCUACCUCCUGAUAGGAGAAGUGGAGGUGGGGGGUCUCUGCGGUUCCCAUGGGGCUCCAGGGAAGGUGGUGUGUCACUGCGGGAACAGUGUCCUGACUACCAGCACCCAGCAGCCUGAGUGUGGGGACUUGAAGCUGGCUUUGCUGGGGACCACCCCAUCCCCCAUUUGAAUGACUGCAGAGGCCUUGGGGAGGGCAGCCUGUCAGCCCCCGUCACUCCUGGGCUUUGGGCAGCCCUGUGCCUCCCUCUUAAGCUCUUCCAUGGUCCGCAGCCUCAGCUGAGUCCUGCACCAGUGCUGGCUGAACAGAGCCAGCGGGUGGUUUCUCAGCCUCCUACGUAGUGCCACAGGCAGAAGAAACAGGUCAAGUUACCGGUUGUGCAUGGUACUGUGCCAGGUGGCUCAAAACCACCUGGAUCCUACCCUACCUGGUGAGUGGCAGCCACAUUGGGCCAUGGAUCCAGGUUCUUCUAGAACUUUCUGUUCAGAACUCCCUGGCUCCCCAACCUACAAAACAGGAGCCAGCCUGGGUCCUGUGCCUACCUCAAGGGGAGCCAGGGGCAGAGCCUUGCCACAGGGGCUUCUCACAAGUGGUGUGA